AUGGCUAAUUCCGCUCGCGCUCCGAGCAAAACUGAACGCAUAGUGCUGGAUUUUCGUGGUCCAGUCGUAUUCGAGCCAUCCUCGAACUGUGAAAAUGAUUAUUUGGAAAUUCGUGAUGGUCAGUACGGAUUUUCCCCGUUAGUCGGCCGAUUCUGUACGGACAGCUGGCAACUUCGACCUGUCGUAUCCACCGGCCCGUGGCUUUGGUUGCGGCUGCAAACGGACUACACGAUUGAGAAGUCCGGUUUUCAAGCGGUCUACUACUUUGAACCGAACAGACCGAAACCUCCAUCUUUGUUGACUGUGGUACAACACACAAUGCACAAUAUCAUCACAUUGGACACCGGAGCUCUUCUGACAAAAUCCAAUUUGACUCAGAUAGCUCGAGACUAUGCACAAACCCUUGAGGGUCGUCCUUCCACACUGUCUGGGAUUCGGGAAUUCAUUUUCGACUUCCGGACAAUCGAUGAAGACAUGAUAUUACGCAUACACUUGGAAACGAUCAAAUUUCCGAUUGAGGAAGGCCAAUGCCGUCAUAACAUGAUUGAAAUGUACGGUCGAUUUUUUCUGUCGGAUACACCAAAAAGUCGGUCGGCUGGCAAAUCCUAUUCUCGUCUGCAAUUGCCUCCGGACAGUCGAGUGAUUCGGGCGUGUAAAAUGGCCAGUCGAAGUCCCAUCCUCUAUCGGUUGGGUCGUGCUGUUGUACGUAUUGUGGCCACCAGUUCCAUGCAGGCGAUGCGCGAGGCCGAUCAACGUGAUGAUGUGCCAAAGCACUCGCAUUUGCCGACUCCGGAGAAUACGGAUUUGCCUGAGGUCAAACUGCUAGCGACCGCACUAACUUUGGCUCCGUGUCGUCCGAACUGGUUCCCGUGUAUGCGCGUCACCGAUCUGCUCAAUAUUGAUCGACAGCUGAAUGCCACCGGUGACUCAGUGCUGAACGUGUUAAUGCGACCGGAAUUUGACCAUCCUGAUUACCCGGGCUUGUCUUCGCGCACGGGCCUCAAUGCCUCAAUGACCGAGGCAAUCACCACGAGAAAGCAGUUGGCAAGACGGCGUGAAUUGGUCGGGGAUUCGGUCUACUGUGUGGCCAUUUCACGAUUAUGCAAUCAGCUCAAUGACUGUCCGAACGGCGAGGAUGAGGAUGACUGUCCGCGACCACGAGACUCACUGAAGGACAUAUUGCAGUACUAUGCCGAUUUAGACACAACGCACACUGGAGAUGUGUCCAGUACAACCACACCGUCUUCCUUGCAAAGUAAAAAGGAGCGCGAGGAGGCAGAAGAUGAGUUUCAUCAUCAUCCUUCAAUUAUCAUUGGUCUGCUUGGUUUCUGUGCUAUCUGUGGCCUACUCUCGGCCGGAAUGACCUUGGUCAACAGAGGUAAACAGACGAAACAGCGCAACUUCUCAAGUAUAUGCAAUCGGGUCCUAUUUGAUUCCGGCACUUCAUUACUGACCACACUGGAGGAAGGCUCGGUAUUGCAACUGAAGACUCGCGCUGGUGAAUCUGUGAAGCCUAACCUCGUCUCGGUUUCAGCCGAUAGCAGUCGCAUCGCAGAUAGAGAUAACGGUGAAACUACUGGUGAUGUAACGGGCCAAAGCCCAUCCAAGCAGGCCGAAGCUAAAUCCAGACAGGAAUCUAAUCGUUGCUUUGGUCAAAUUUGUCUGGUGAGUCACAGAAGUAAGAAAAGAAAAAGAGAACGUACGAAAUCAGAUCCCGGUUCUCCAUCACUAUUGACCGUUAAAGCCAAGUCGAACGGAACGGAUACAGCCGAUCGGAGAGCCAAAGAAAGCUGUUCAAGUGCGGACCUCGUGGAACAGGCCACGGCCAUUUCAGGUGAGCUGGAAUCACGCAAUCUGAUCGAAGUGUUCGACCGAGCCACCAUUCCACUGAACUAUGCUAGCCGUGAUUCUGCGGUUUGGGAUGAAUCACCCUUACCACCCCAGUCGGAUGAAUUCACACGUGACCGAAAUGUACUGCGAAGAAAGGUGCAAUCCGGCGAACUGAUAUCCCGUUUACCUCGUCAUAUAUCCAGAUCGAGCGCUGCUUCUUUUGGUCACCUGCCUAAUACGAUUGUUUGUCCUGUAGAGAAGUUAUCAGAUGUAAUUUACCAUUGUGGUAUGCUUCCACCGGGAUCAAGUUUGAACCGGAACACGUGGAAUCGAUCUGGACCGUUACCACUAGUGACCGAACCGGAAUCCACGUUUACGGAAGACUAUUUGCAUGAAACAUUAAAGGCCACUAGAUCUGCCAAAUGCCUCACUCGUCGCUCCUCGACAGAUCGACACACCGGUUCCGCAUUCGAAUUUGUCCAUGUUGAACGUAGCCCAGUCGGGGAAGAGACGAACGAGACCGUCAUGACCGCCGCAGCUUCAGCCUCUCUGUCGGCCGGAUUUUCCACACUGGACUCACGCACGCGAAUUAUGGUUCCAUCAUCCGUUGGGAGACAAGCGAUCGAUCAACGCUACACACUCUACGGUCGACCCGCCUUGGACGGGUCCCAGUUCAUGGAUCGAGAUGAUAUGACCCAAGCGGAACGACGGGUUAUGGGAAUGGGUGGAAAGAGAAAAUCGUUUAAGGGUGGCGCGCCAAAGCGCGCGCGAUAUUCCAUCGAUCCAUCGAAUGAACCUGGGUCAAUGAUAAACUCCGCAGAAGGUGCCCCAGAAACUUCGGAUUACGGUAACCGACAGGCAAAUAGUAGUGUACAGACCAUUCAAACACCACCCUUUUGGACAUCAAGCUGCUCAACAAGUGGUGAACUGCUCACGUCCGGACAGUCGAGUCGAGAGAUCUCCCGCGGUUGGCGAAAAUCACCAUCGUCAAGCAAUCAGCCGAACUCACGAGCUCCCUACUGGUCUGGACACGUGGGGAGUACGAAAAUUGUCCUUGGUCCAUCCGGUACACCAAGUGAGGACGUCAGCUUAGCGGAUUUGAAUGAGGCCGAAGUUACCCCGAAGCUGAUCUAUCGUUGUGAGUCCAGUUCGCUUGGAUCACAUUUAAAGAUUUGCCGCUCUGUGAAUGCAUCCACGAUGGACGAGACUCGAAUCCCAAUUGUGAGUCGUUCAUCCAACAAACCGGAAGCUUUGUUCAAAGUGACUGUCAUGCCCAAAUGUCGCGGUUCACAAUCCUCUGACCUCAGAAUGGGAGAUGGUGUGGGAAUUGCAGCAUUCGGAACAACCCCAGCACAAUCGGACACGAGGAGGACCUCCGGACCUCCAUCUGCAUCGGUAGCACCGCCACUACCACCAACACCAUCAGGAGCAGCGACAACAGGACAGAUAUACUGUGACUGUGCUCUCCAAUCGAACGACUUAGUCUAUCGUUCACAACCACGAACUCCGCAUCGCCAGAUGGGUUCAUACACACCCGUUGCAAACGCAUUUCCACUUUCCAUAUCCGACCACAGAAAAGAUGAAGCUGUUCCUGAACUAGAUGAUUCUGAGGACACGGCUACACAGAACUACAGUGAAGAGACCGAAUCUGGGACGUACAGUGACGAGCGAUUACCUAGUGAGUACCAGCGACAAUGA